GCGGGGAGGAAGCAUCACCAACACAACAACAACAACAAGCAGCACUACACUGUUACUGAGGAUGUAUUUUAGUGUAAAAUGUCGGCAGGAGUGUUGCGGAGUUUCCUCACCGGCUCUCGUGUGCUUAUUAUAAAGGAUUAAUGAUCAAAUCAGAACAGACUGCAAACUGAGGACGAACUACAGCGUCUUCCUACGGUCCAACUCACAACGGUGUGUUUAAUAGAGCAGUAUCCGCACAACCUGACCUGAAUUGCAUGCACGUACACACACACGUGUAUUAGUGAGUAAGGAGCGGUGACGUGAGCGUGCAGAGAAACUGUCGCAUGUGAGAGAGCACUUCACUUCAGCGAGCACUGAGACUCCGUCUACACUCAGCUCACGAGUCCAGCGUUCUCUCAGACAGCAUGGCCGUGGAAAAGCGCUUGGCGUAUUCCAUCGUGCAGUUCCUCCGAGACCAGACGCGUUCAGGGUCACUGAACUCUGACGAGCAGGAAAGCCUCGAAGUCGCAAUACAGUGUUUAGAGACGACGUUUAAGAUCAGAUCCGGUGACAGUCAGCUCGCAGCUCCACAACCUCUCAUAGAGAUCUUCCUCAACGCACUGCUCAAGAACGACAUCGUGGCCUCGCAAGAGACGUCUCCGUCCGCAGAGGACAUCGAGAGAGCCGAGCAGCUGAAAAAUGAAGGAAACAACCACAUGAAGGAGGAGAACUACAGCUGUGCGCUGGACUGCUACACAAAAGCCAUCCAUCUGGAUCAAAGAAACGCAGUUUACUUCUGUAACAGGGCUGCAGCACACAGCAAACUGGGAAACUACACGGAAGCGAUCGGAGACUGUGAGCGCGCCAUCGCUAUCGAUCCCACGUACAGUAAAGCGUACGGACGCAUGGGGUUGGCGCUGGCUGCCAUGAGCAAGUUUCCGGAGGCCAUCACGUACUUUAAGAAGGCGCUGGUUCUGGAUCCGGAAAACGACACCUACAAAUCCAACUUAAAGACCGCUGAGCAAAAAAACCGAGAAUCCUCGAGUUCUACGGUGUCCAGACUGGGCUUCGACAUGGCCAGCCUCAUUAACAACCCAGCGUUUAUUAGCAUGGCUGCCAGCGUGAUGCAGAACCAGCAGGUUCAGCAGCUGAUGUCGGGGAUGAUGUCUAACGCAGUGAGAGGUCCAGCAGCAGGAGUCGGGGGGAUGUCUGAUAUCUCCAGCCUUAUUGAAGCUGGUCAGCAGUUUGCUCAGCAGAUUCAGCAGCAGAACCCGGAGUGGAUAGAACAGUUGAGGAACCACAUCCGCAGUCAUUCGUUCAGCGGCAGCCCGGAGGAACGUUCCUGAACCACACGCUCUCUAAUCUGAGCACUGGUGUGGGCGAACGAGAGGAGAGACAGAGAGAGAGAGAGAGAGAAGGCGUGGCACUUUACCUUGAACUGAGAACACGGGUGUAAAAACUUUCACACUACACGGCUUUCCUCACUGUUUCAUCAUCAGUGUGAGCUCCCAAUGUUCUGAAGGUUCUUAGUAGACGUUCUAUUUAUUCCAGGCGGCGUGUAAUCGCCUUCAUUAAUCACGUUUCAUCUUCGCUUCUGUUACAACACGGUCUGAUCACUGUCUGAUCACGGUCUGAUCUAUAAUAUAAAGCCUGUUUCUGUCAGCCCGUGGUGUGAUGU